GGUCCGAGGGGAGGCAUGCCCUUAUUGUCUCCGUGGACACGUCCGGACCCCACUGGAGGCCCAGUCACCGCGCCGCCCAGCACCCACCGCCCCUGCCCACCCACCGCUCAGUUGCGCUCCGCCCCGGCCCGGCCCGCGCGGACCUCCGGGCCCGCCCCCCGCCCCGCCCGGCUGCCUGCCAGUCGGAGCCCCGGGCCGCCCGGAGCAGCUGCAGUCGCCGCCAUGGGCCGGGCCCCGCCGGGGGAGUACAGGCUGCUGCGCCCGCGCCCAGCCGCGCGGCCCGCGCGGCCCGCGCCCCCCGUUCCGCCCGAGCCCCCCGCGCCCUCGCCGCGCCGCACCCGCACCCUGGCGCUGCUCGGAGCCCUGCUGGCCGCCGCCGCCGCCGCAGCAGCAGCCCGGGCCUAUGCCCACCACGCCGAGGCCCAGGCGGCCUCGCUGCAGAAAUCAGCAAGGAAGGUGCUGGGGACAGAAGGCCUCUUUCUCUUCUCCUCCUUGGAUACUGACCAGGACAUGUCCAUCAAUCCUGAGGAGUUCAGACCCAUCGUGGAGAAGCUGAUAGGCUCAACUCCGAAGCCCAGCUAUGAGGAGGAAGAGCUGUCCUCUGACCCCAGGGAGGAGAAGCUUACCAUAGAAACCCGGUUCCAGCCUCUGCUCUUGAAUUCCAUGACCAAGAGCAACAGCAGGUUCCCAGGGGUCUCCAACAUGGCCCUGUCUGGCCUGUAUAACUGGACCACCGCAGCCAUACCCAGUGCAGUGUUUGCCACCCGCCACUUCCGGGCCUUCCUUCCCCCUCCGGGACAUACGGAGCUGGGCAAGCCCUGGUGGAUCAUCCCCAGUGAGCUGAGCGUCUUCACUGGCUAUCUGUCUAACAACCGCUUCUACCCACCACCACCCAAGGGCAAGGAGGUCAUCAUUCACCGGCUCCUGAGCAUGUUCCAUCCCAGGCCUUUUGUGAAGACACGCUUUGCCCCCCAGGGAACUGUCGCCUGUCUGACUGCCAUUGGUGACUUCUACUACACUGUGAUGUUCCGAAUCCACGCGGAGUUCCAACUCAGUGAACCGCCCAACUUGCCCUUCUGGUUCUCACCUGCCCAGUUCACCGGUCACAUCAUCAUCUCCAAGAAUGCCAGUCAUAUCCGUGACUUCCGGCUUUACGUGCCCAGUGACAGGUCUCUGAAUGUGGACAUGGAGUGGCUGUAUGAAGCUGGUGAGAGCAGCAACAUGGAGGUGGACAUCGGCUACAUUCCCCAGAUGGAGCUGGAGGUCACAGGCCCCUCAGUGCCUACUGUGACCCUGGACAAGAAAGGCAAAGUGAUCAACCGCCUGCCCUCAGGGGAACCACUGAAUUUUCUGUUUGAAAAUAUCAAGUGGCAGGAAGAAAUGAACUGGGACGAUGCUGUGCAGAGCCUAGAAGUGGCCAUGUACCCUUUCAAGAAGGUCAAUUACCUGCCCUUCACUGAGGCCUUUGACCAAGCCAAGGCCAAAAACAAGCUGGUGCACUCAAUCCUGCUGUGGGGAGCCCUGGACGACCAGUCCUGCUGAGGUUCAGGGCGAACUCUCCGGGAGACAGUCCUGGAAAGUUCGCCCAUCCUCAGCCUCCUCAAUGAGAGCUUCAUCAGCACCUGGUCCCUCGUGAAGGAGCUGGAAGACAUGCAGAACCAGGAGAAUCCAGUACACAGGAAGCUGGCCAAACUGCACCUGGAGAAGUACAACUUCCCUGUGGAGAUGAUGAUCUGCCUGCCCAAUGGCACCGUGAUCCACCACAUCAACGCCAACUACUUCUUGGACAUCACCUCCAUGAAGCUUGAGGACGUCAAGAACAACAUCUUCAGCUUCUCCACUUUUGAAGACCCGUCCACAGCCACCUACUUGCAGUUCCUGAAGGAGGGCCUUCGUCUGGGCCUGCCCCUCCUCAAGCCUUAGGGUGCCUAGGGUGACGAGCCAAAUCCGGGGGAGGGGUCUGGGAAGAUAGGCCUGUGCCCCAAGACCGGCCCCUGUGGCCCAAUGCCAGUGGUCCUUACACAUUUCAAACUUUAGAUAUUCCCAACUCUGAUUCUUGUACUGCCUAUGAGGCCCAAGGUCAACUCAGGCUGGCCUCCUGGAUCUGGUCCCGAUAUAGGGAGCAGACAAGUAGGUGCCUGGACUAACCAGACAGAUGAGCCUCCAGCUCUGACUUUAACUAUUGGCCCUUUGGCUCUGGAAGCUGCUUGGAACACCUCCGUUGACCCCCUAUAUUACUGCCCCCCCC